CUUCGUUAAGUCGUAGCGGAAAGAACGCAAGCAUACGAUCAGUCUGCCGUGUGUAGGAGCGCCCAGCACCGAGUCUGCCCAAUCUGGACGGUUUUGUUCUGCUUCCUCAGUGCGUGAAUUCCGCUAACGUCAUCAGAAGCAGAUUCGGGGCUUGCGAGAUCGCUUGCGAAAAGUAGGCGAAGAAAAAACGGGAAGAAAACUCACCCUCUCACCGUGUAUGUCCCCCCUCUUCAACUCACCACGGCCAGUAUCCUGUUUGCUGCUGAGUGACAGAACAGUGUCAGUGUGGUAGUGUGUAUUGUGGAAAAGUGUAUUGUGUGUGUACGAGAAGGAUUCGUCGCCUACUUCGCCGGUGAAACGCUGUGCGUGUGUGUGCGUGUUUGUGCAUAUUUGUUGGAGCAAAAGCGUUGUGCUCCGUUUGUGCUCUUGUAGUCGCGAGGUGCCAGUUGUGGCGUGGUUCGUCUUCGACUUCCGUCCUGCUAAACAGGAUAAUCGGUGUGGAAGUUUGUAUUUGUGUGCAAGUGGAGGCACCUGCCUGUUGUGUGAGCGUUUACUGUGAGCCGUGUAUCCUUGCAUUGUCCCGGGGGCGAAAAUAAGCGUGUUAACUGCUAAGAAGCGUGUGCAGUGUUUGUGAGCGCCUACAUUCGGAGGAUAAAAUCUUCCCCAACGUCUGGCAACGCGUGUUCUCCUUGCAAGAAAAACACCGCCAGGCCCUCUUCACUUUUUAACCCGUUCAUCCAGUGUCCGCUCCGCUCGGCAUGGCCUUCCUGCGUACCGUUUCGCGCUGCAAUAGCCUGGUGCCACGCAAGGUAACCUCCCCGGCUGGGUCCGGCAAUGGAUGUCUGACGUACUCGAAAUCCGAACAGUUCCUGCGACAGUAUGGUAUGCACGCCGGUGGCAACCGGGGCCCACUGCCCAGUGCUAUUCUUGCGGCACUCAACCAUCGGCUCGCUCUCGAAGGAUACUCGCUCGACGGUGCCCGCCGCUGGCGAUCGACUACGGUGGCGGCCGCCUCACCGGUGGCCACCGGCGCACGCCAACAGCAGGACAACAAUCCUUCCACCCCGCAACGGGAUCCGCUUGACGUCAGCUUCAACGAUCCGCACGCUGCCUUCAAGAGCAAAACGACGUUCGAGUUGAUACGGGCGUACUUUGUGUACGUGCUGUGCUCCUCGGAAUUUCUUGUGGAAAACAACAUGAAGCUGAUGAAAGUCGCGCAAACCAUACUCGGCGAAAAGCUCUUUACGCUGGCAAUGAAGUAUACCUUCUACGGCCAUUUCGUGGCUGGUGAAGAUCAGCUCAAAAUAGUCCCAACACUGGAAAGAUUGCGUUCGUUCGGUGUUAAACCAAUUCUUGACUACUCGGUAGAGGAAGAUCUAUCCCAAGAGGAGGCUGAAAAGCGUGAAGUUGAAGCUUCUGUAUCUUCGGCGGGCACCAACCUAUCGGAAGACAGUGCUGACUCGCUGCCACAGUACAGCGUAGAUAAAACGUUCGCCGAUCGGCGGUACAAGGUGCAGAGCGCUAGGACUUACUUCUACCUUAAUGAGGCAACCUGCGAACGCAACAUGGAAACUUUCCUCGAGUGUCUCGACGCGGUCAAAGGUGCAACAUUCGGUACAGGUAUCACUGCUAUUAAACUGACUGCUCUUGGUCGACCACAGCUGCUACUUCAAGUGUCGGAAGUAAUUAUGCAAGCUCGCCGGUACAUGAUGGAUUUGGCCGGUAGUACCGGGAACAUUUUAACGCAUCACAAAACCAUACAAGAUCUCGAACGUUAUCUCGGCAACGUGUCCGAUAAGGCGGAGGUGAAGGAGUUUCUUAAAAAGGUGACUUCGGACAAAGAUGGCAUUCUUCAUCUUUUCCCAUGGACCGGUAUCAUUAACGAGGACUGUCAGCUGAGCGAAACUUUCCGUGUUCCGGAUCCGGUUACCGGCCAAAUGCGUCGCUUGAUCUCAAAGAUUCCACCCAAAGAAGAGGAAAUGUUCCGUAACAUGAUUAGACGAUUGAAUACUAUUGUUAAGACUGCCCAAGACCUUGACGUACGUAUUAUGAUUGACGCCGAGCAGACCUACUUCCAACCUGCCAUCUCGCGUAUUACUCUCGAAAUGAUGCGCAAAUACAACACCGAAAAGGCAAUUGUGUUCAACACCUAUCAGUGUUAUCUGAAGGACACAUACAAAGAGGUGUGCACGGAUCUGGAGCAAGCCAAGCGUCAGAACUUCUAUUUCGGUGCGAAGCUUGUGCGCGGAGCGUACAUCGAGCAGGAGCGUGCACGUGCGGCCGCCCUCGGCUAUGAAGAUCCAACCAAUCCCUCCUUUGAAGCAACAACCGAAAUGUACCACAAAACCUUAACCGAGUGUUUGAGACGCAUCAGGAUUCUCAAGGAUGCGAAUAUUGAUCCGAAAAAGAUUGCCAUCAUGGUUGCAUCGCACAACGAGGAUACAGUCCGGUUUGCUAUUAAGAAGAUGGAGGAGAUUGGUAUCCAUCCGGAAGAUAAAGUGAUUUGCUUUGGUCAAUUAUUGGGCAUGUGUGAUUACAUCACGUUCCCGCUAGGUCAAGCAGGCUAUUCCGCCUACAAAUACAUCCCGUACGGUCCAGUCAACGAAGUCCUGCCAUACCUGUCGCGACGAGCGCAGGAAAAUAAGGGUGUGCUGCAAAAGAUCAAGAAGGAAAAGCGUCUCCUCCUAACCGAGAUCACCAAGCGGCUAGCAAAGGGACAACUGUUUUACAAACCGAAGGGCAAAUACGUUCCUAUCUAAACAUCUGUCGGCAUGUUUGUCCUCGAUGGACGAGGUGACAACAACCGCAAAAACGGCAUACACACAGCUAAACGACCAGGCGAUUAGCAGCGACACAGAAUUUAACAACCCUCUGAACCUCCUCCACUCAUCUUGUCCACGUUUGACGCUUGAUUCAACCUGCACAGCUCCUAUUGCGGAUAACGGAAGCAUUGGACCAUUGGACAAUUUUUAUACAUUACGGUAGGGUACUAGUUGGCGAACGAAUCGUAUCCACACAUCAUCCCCGCCGACAAUGUGAUUGUAAAACCCCGUUUGAUACGGAAUACAGAGCGGUGUGUUAGAUGGGUUACGUUUGCGUUACAUCCCGCGUUACACCUUUCAUCCUCAACAUGUGACUGCUCGAUGGUACGAUGGUUGAGGAAAUGUUGACCUUUCCGAAGCCCAUGUGGCUCUCGACUAACGAAGGGGGGCCUCACCGUGCGGCUAAAUGUGUAUAUAGUUUUGUUGUGUUUGUUUGAACCACGACUCAACACAAUGUUUUGCUCUGGGUCAAUCUAGCUUUUUCGUGUAUCGUUUUCUGCCUAGCCGAAAAAAAGAUACUUAAACUUAAACUCGAUAUAUUUAUGCGUUCCUUCCUCACUGAAGCAGCAGUUAUGUGAUGUUUCGCCAAUACGAUAUUGUGUGGUACGGUCCUUGGGUUUGAUCCAGUUUUGAGUUACAAGUGACAUUAACUAAUUGCGUACAGCGCAUUUUAAUACAAACGAUAGCCUCAGUGGGCAUUGCUACACGGUGCGCCCUUUCGUGUUGGAGUGGGCGUAAUAUUAGCUUUAUCUGAUUUGCAUAAAUGUUAUUGAUAGCGUUAUAGCUUGCUUGUUUUACCGAAUUCAAACAUUGCUCAUAUCCAGGACUGCAAAAAUAUUGCUUGCGCGUGUGCGUGUGUGUUCCGUUGUUGCGGCAAGACAGACCUCUUCGUAGGUGCAGAGAGUCAAGGCGAGCUUACCUCGCUCACCUGGCCCUGUAUUUUGCAAAACAUCAUCAUUGAAUGUUAGUAUUAUAUGCUUAUUACGAGAAGGAAAGACAAACGCGCAAGGUAGGCAAAUUUUAGAUACUAUUAAGCCACUGAUGGGCUACCGAAAGAACGCAGACUCACAUUUACAAACACACAAACUACACACUUGCUGAAAAGUGCUGACAAUAAAAAUAAAUAUGAAGAUUCAACUAAAUGUGAACCAAAACCAGUUGCUGCUAGCGGAACGA